AGGCGGGCGGAAGGUUCCGGGCGGCGGGUCCAGCGCGGCGGCGUCCACUUCGGAGUCCGUCCCGCGGAAGGCACCGGCCAUGGAGGACACGCCGCUUGUGGUGUCCAAGCAGAAGACGGAAGUGGUGUGCGGGGUCCCCACGCAGGUGGUGUGCACGGCCUUCGGCAGCCACAUCCUGGUACUGGUGACCCAGCUGGGCAAGAUGGGCACCGUGGUCAGCCUGGAGCCCAGCCGGGUGGCCGGCGACGUCAGCAGGCCGGAGCUCACCACGCGGGUCCUUCUGGGGCCGGACGAGCCUCUCGUCCAUGUCUUUGCCAAGAACCUGGUGGCGUUCGUGUCGCAGGAAGCCGGGAACAGGGCCGUCCUGCUGGCCGUGGCCGUGAAGGACAGGAGCCUGGAGGGGCUGCGGGCCCUGAAGGAGGUGAUCCGGCUGUGCCGGGUGUGGUGACCGACGGGAGCCCUGCUCGGGUUGCCAGCGACGUCGCGGGACCAAGAAGGGCCUGGUCUGUGUGACCGCGGGCAUCUGGGCUGGCAGUGGACUUGGCCUGACCAGCGCCCCCGCUGCCCCAACA